AGUAGGCUGUGCCAAAUUAGCUGUCAAGAUCGAUUUCCCACAUCCAAAAUCCAGCAUUGCAAAUAAAUCCCCCCCGUAGAAGGAAACACAGAAUUUGGAAAGUACGUGUAACUAACAUGGACGAGAUGGUGCGCAUGCAGGCGGCCGAUGGCCGGACGAUCCGAGCGCCCUUUGGACUCCUCGAUCGCUCCAAGGUUAUUCAAGAAAUGUGCCGCCACACCAGGCCAUCGUCUGCCAGCGACAACCACCAGGACAAGGACAUGGUGGAGUGCCUUCUGCCGCUGCACGGUAUCCGGAGCACCGAAGUGCUGCUCAAGUUGCUGCUGUGGGCGGAGUACCACAAGGGAGACGAGGAGCCCGCCUGGGUGGCUAAGAUGGAGCCGGUAACGGCCUACGAGAUGGAGCUAUUCGUCCAUGACUGGGACAAGGAAUUCAUGCGCGAGAAGAUCGAGUUCGUGUUCGCCCUGAUGGAGGCGGCCGACUACCUGGACAUACCCUGGCUGUACAAGCUCGCCGCCUACAAGAUUGCCCUGCACAGCCGUCAUAUCAGGGACGACGGCAUCGCCGAUGACUUGAAGCAAUAUCAGGAGAGAAUCCAUGCCAUGGCCAUGUUCGAGUGGACGGGAGAAACGAGCGAGCGGGCCCUGGAGGAGGUCGCUGCCGAGAAGAUCGCAUUCGAAGUGGACAACCAUCGGGUGCACUUUGUAGUCAUAAGUUGCGCCAUUAACUAUCCAGUUCGUUCAGGAUAAUUGCAGAACACUUUGAGGAGGAGGAUGGGUUUUUUUUUAUUUAGGACAAAUUCGAAGGGACUAUACGAUAUGUUUUUUAUGUAUACUCUUUUCUGUUCUAAAAUGUUUUCUAACUGACCCAGCUGCCCGGCAUAUUUUUAAUAAUCCAAAUUAUGGUGUAGCUGUAAAUUGUACAUUUUGCAAAUAUAUCCCAAAAUGUUCAGCCUUUA